AUUUUAUGGGAGCAUCGUGUUCACAAAACGCCUCAAAGCAUGAAUGAAAUUCUUUGCCUCCCUAUUUUUCAUUGGUUAUUCAAGCCCCCAUCCUGGCGGCCGAGUGCUCCUGAGUCUGCUACUCAUCGAGCGUGACGUCAGGGGCGGCGCGGCACGAGGGAGUUGUCCUCGCGCGGAGUCCGCUGUUGAAACAAGAUGGCUGUGUGAGCGGGAGGAGCAGCGGCGGAGAGCUGAGGCAAUGCAGAGGAGGAUGCCAGAGGAGGGGAGAGGAUUUCAUUCCUGUCUGUCCUGUCCUGAAGCGCAACAGGGGGAGACGGCCGCCUCUGAGACGAUGUUGACUCAUUCUCGUGAGCGGAACGGUUCUGGUUGAGUUUUUAAUUUUGAUUUUUUGCGGCCGAGAGACUUAAGUGACCGAGGAGUACGAAGUCCUGCCGGGGGACGCUGUCAGAGAUGUCCCUGCUGUGUGUGGGAGUAAAGAAAGCCAAGCUGGAUGGACCCCAAGAAAAGUUCAACACUUACGUAACUCUAAAGGUGCAAAAUGUGAAGAGCACAACCAUUGCUGUCAGGGGCAACUUGCCCAGCUGGGAGCAAGACUUCAUGUUUGAAAUCAAUCGCCUUGACCUGGGUCUGACAGUAGAGUUGUGGAACAAAGGGUUAAUUUGGGACACCAUGGUCGGAACUGUGUGGAUUCCCCUCCAGAACAUCAGACAGUCCAACGAGGAAGGUCCGGGGGAAUGGCUGACGGUGGACUCCCAGGUCAUCAUGGCUGACAAUGAGAUCUGUGGCACCAAAGACCCAACUCUGCACCUGGUGCUGCUCGAUACACGCUUUGAACUGCCGCUAGAUAUCCCUGAGGAUGAGGCACGCUACUGGGCCAAGAAACUGGAGCAGCUUAAUGCCAUGAGGGACCAAGAUUACUCAUACCAGGAGGAGCAGGAACGACCUCUUCGAGCUCCAGGAACCCAGUGCUGUAACUGGAGUCUGUGGGGGGACCAACAGAAUGAGGAUCCAGAUAGUGCUGUGGACGACAGAGACAGCGACUACCGCAGCGAAACCAGUAACAGCAUCCCUCCGCCCUUCUAUAGCACAUCCCAGCCCAACGCUUCUGUUCACCAGUAUCCCAUCAGCCACCAGCACUGCAACUCUAGGAGCUUCUCGUAUCCGCACAGCCACGACCUUGACUACCAACGUCAGAGAACUGUCAGUCCCACUGGCAGCUAUGCAUCCACUGCAGAGCUCAGCAGAUGCAGCAGCCAGCUGAGUGAGGAGGACUAUGGUGGGGAGUACGGCGAAAGGGACCCUUAUGAUGAAAACGACUCCUACCACUCCUGCCACUCCUCAGUUAGCUACAGUAAAGGCUCUCCAGACUGGGAUCCUGAUGAGACCCAGGGCGGAUACAGUGAUGAGGGCGGCUACAGCAAAGACGGAGGAGAAGAUGUGGCUCUUUACGAAGGUGAUGAUGGAGGAUUGUAUGAAGGAGAGGAGGAGGGCCUUUAUGAAGAUGAGGACAUAAUUUAUGAGGAUGAGGAUUUGUACAAUUUUGAUGGGACCCUCAGUGAGGACAUGGAGCCACCGUUCACUCCAACUCCAACAUCAACCGCACCGCCAGGGCUUGAUGUAACCAGUUCCAGGCCUCCUCUUGAGAAACAAUCCUCCUUACAUCAACAUCCUCCUCAAGCUGCUAACCAAACGUCAAACGAGGCUCUUCCUCCAGGAAUGGCACCAACUGGACAGCCUCCCACUGGUCAACAAACAGCCCAACCACAGAGACAAGCCCAGCCACAAACACAGCCGCAGCCCGCCCAACCUGCAACUUCUUUCUUCUCCAUGGCCAAACCUCUAACAGCUGCGGUCACAGGCUUGGCUUCAUCGUUCCUGUCUUCCGUCCCCAGCGCCCAGCCUGCCCAGCCUUCGCAGUCUUCGCAGUCUCAGCCUCCAGCAUCUGCUGUAUCUCAGCAACAAACCCCCGCAGCCAACUCUCUCCCUCCAUCCCACCCAGCCACCUUAUCGAACUCUGCCUCCCAACCACCCCUGUCCACUGCCGCAGGUCUUCCUACCCAGCAAACGCCUUCCUCUGCUCCACCUCAGCCCCAGGUCAACGAUCCGUCCUCCAAACAGCUGCCUGCUCAGGAGGACAUGGUUCCUCAGCAAGACAACGAACCGUGGUUAGAUGAGGAAAUGAUGGAGGAGAAAGAGGUCAGGACACCUCCUGCCCAGCAGGAGGAGAAACUUCCUGUGGAGCAGGAGGAAGAGGAUUUUGAAGAGAGACCACUGACACCAGAUGAGCCGGAAGACAUGCCACCUGAGAGUCCUCCAGUCGUAGAGGAGCCCAAAGAGCCGGUGGAUCCAGCAGUCAGGGCCAAAGAGAACUGGCUGAGACUCUACAACAAGGUGCUCGACCAGGUUCGAGAGGCUCGAGGGGAGACCUCCAGUUCACUGUGGUUUGGUAAGGGAGGAAUGGGAGGUGCACUCUACAGUAUUGACAGCAUGCCUGAUCUUCGCAAGAGGAAAGCCAUCCCUCUGGUCAGAGAUCUGGCGAUGUCUCUGGUUCAGAACUCACGUAAAGCUGGGAUCACUUCUGCCAUGGCUUCCACCACUCUUGGCAAUGAAGAGCUGAAAAGCCAUGUGUACAAAAAGACCCUGCAGGCUCUGAUCUACCCCAUCUCAUCCACCACUCCACACAACUUUGAGGUGUGGACAGCCACUACCCCCACCUACUGCUACGAAUGUGAGGGGCUGCUGUGGGGCAUUGCGCGGCAAGGAAUGCGCUGUUCUGAAUGCGGCGUCAAGUGUCACGAUAAGUGUCAGGAUCUGCUCAAUGCUGAUUGUCUGCAGAGAGCUGCAGAGAAAAGUUCCAAACAUGGGGCAGAGGACCGAACCCAGAACAUCAUAAUGGUCCUGAAGGACCGCAUGAAGAUACGAGAGAGGAACAAACCAGAGAUCUUUGAGCUGAUCCAGGAAGUCUUUGCCCUUGACAAGACGACACACGCCACACACAUGAAGCAGAUCAAACAGAGCGUGCUGGACGGGACCUCCAAAUGGUCUGCAAAAAUCAGCAUCACAGUGGUUUGUGCUCAAGGCCUUCAAGCUAAAGACAAAACAGGCUCCAGUGACCCUUAUGUAACUGUGCAAGUCGGGAAAACCAAGAAGAGGACCAAGACCAUUUAUGGCAACCUAAACCCUAUUUGGGACGAGAACUUUCAUUUUGAAUGUCACAACUCCUCUGACCGCAUCAAAGUCCGAGUGUGGGACGAGGAUGAUGACAUCAAGUCUCGCGUCAAGCAAAGGUUCAAGCGUGAGAGCGACGACUUCCUGGGUCAAACCAUCAUUGAAGUCCGCACUCUGAGCGGAGAAAUGGACGUUUGGUACAACUUGGACAAGAGAACAGAUAAGUCUGCUGUGUCGGGGGCCAUCCGGAUGCAAAUUAGUGUGGAGAUCAAAGGAGAGGAGACGGUGGCGCCGUACCACGUCCAGUACACGUGUCUUCAUGAGCAUUUGUUUCAGUACACCACUGAGGACCAAAACAGUGGCGUGGUGAAGAUCCCUGACGCCAAAGGAGAUGACGCCUGGAAGGUGUAUUUCGAGGAGACCGCUCAGGAGAUCGUGGAUGAGUUUGCCAUGAGAUACGGAGUUGAGUCCAUCUACCAGGCCAUGACCCACUUUGCCUGCUUGUCAUCAAAGUACAUGUGCCCAGGAGUGCCUGCUGUGAUGAGCACCCUUCUCGCCAACAUCAACGCUUACUACGCACACACUACGCAGUCGUCCAACAACGUUUCUGCUUCCGACAGAUUCGCUGCCUCAAACUUUGGUAAGGAGAGGUUUGUCAAACUACUGGAUCAGCUGCACAACUCCCUGAGGAUUGACCUGUCCAUGUAUCGGAAUAACUUUCCUGCCAGCAGUCCAGAGAGACUACAAGACCUCAAGUCUACCGUUGACCUGCUGACCAGCAUCACUUUCUUCAGAAUGAAAGUCCAGGAGCUGCAGAGCCCCCCCAGGGCGAGUCAGGUGGUGAAGGACUGUGUGAAAGCGUGUCUCAACUCCACCUAUGAGUACAUUUUCAACAACUGUCAUGAUCUCUACAACCGGGAGUAUCAGACAGACCCAUCCAAAGCCGUUCCUCCAGAUGAGCAGGGUCCCAGCAUCAAAAACCUGGACUUCUGGUCCAAACUCAUCACACUCAUUGUUUCCAUCAUAGAAGAAGAUAAAAACUCCUACACUCCCUGUCUUAAUCAGUUUCCUCAAGAACUCAAUGUGGGCAAGAUCAGUGCAGAAGUCAUGUGGAACAUGUUCGCUCAGGACAUGAAGUACGCCAUGGAGGAGCACGAGAAGAACCGCCUGUGUAAAAGUGCGGACUAUAUGAACCUGCACUUCAAGGUGAAGUGGCUCUACAAUGAGUACUGCAAGGAGCUGCAGACUUUCCAGAAACAUGUACCUGAAUAUCCAGCGUGGUUUGAGCCGUUUGUCAUAAUGUGGUUGGAUGAGAAUGAAGAAGUUUCCAGAGAUUUCCUCCAUGGAGCCUUGGAGAGGGACAAGAAAGAUGGGUUCCAGGUUACAUCAGAACACGCUUUGUUCUCCUGCUCAGUGGUGGACGUCUUCUCCCAGCUCAACCAGAGCUUUGAAAUCAUCCGAAAGCUGGAGUGCCCCGACCCUCAGAUUGUUGGAAACUACAUGAAGAGAUUUGCCAAGACCAUUGGUAAUGUCCUGCUGUCUUACGCGGACAUCAUCGCAAAAGAUUUUCCAAAUCAUGUCAAGAAAGAGAAAGUGCCAUGCAUCAUAAUCAAUAACAUCCAGCAGCUCAGGGUUCAGCUGGAGAAGAUGUUUGAGGCGAUGGGGGGCAAAAAUCUCAACGUUGAGGCCAGUGACUUCCUGAAGGAACUCCAGAACAAACUCAACAGCGUCAUGGAUGACCUCAGCCGCAUCUUUGCCGUCAGUUUCCAGCCUCAGAUCGAGGAUAACGUCAGGCAGAUGGGAGAUAUCCUUGCUCAGGUGAAAGGUCAGACCGUCCCUGCAAACGGCAGCGUUGUGCAGGAGGCCGACAACGUGCUCCAACCAAUCAUGGACUUCCUGGACAGCAACUUGUCAUUAUUUGCAAAGAUCUGUGAGAAGACCGUUCUGAAACGAGUCCUGAAGGAGCUGUGGAAACUGGUGAUGAACACCAUGGAAAAAACCAUUGUUCUUCCAACGCUCACCGACCAAACGGUUAUUGGCACACAGAUGAUCUUCAACGCCGCUAAAGACCUCGGUCAGCUCUCCAAGCUCAAGGAGCACAUGGGCCGCGAGGAGGCCAAAGCUCUGACUCCUAAGCAGUGUGCAGUCAUCGAGCUUGCACUGGAUACUAUUAAGCAAUACUUCCACGCGGGUGGGGUUGGCCUGAAGAAGACCUUCUUGGAAAAGAGUCCAGAUCUGCAGUCUCUGCGCUACGCCCUGUCUCUGUACACGCAGGCCACCGACAAGCUCAUCAGGAAGUUUAUCCUCUCGCAGCACGUUCAGGUCCACGGAGGGAAAGGGAUCAGGUAUACGGCAAAUGAAGACACCCCACCAGAGAAAGCCUCUGGAGUGGACUCAGUCGGUGAGGUGGUCAUGAACGUGGACAUUCUACCCCAACCAAACGGAGAGCACAAGAUCAAUGUGAAAGUCGUGGCUGCUAAUGACCUGAAAUGGAAAGCGCAGGGCUUCCGGCCUUUUGUGGAGGUCUACAUCAUCGGUCCUCAUCUCAGCGACAAAAAAAGGAAAUUUGCCACCAAGUCCAAGAACAACAGCUGGUCUCCAAAGUUCAACGAAAGCGUUCAAUACUCUCUGGGCGCUGAGGCGGGUCCAGAGAGCUACGAGCUGCAGGUGUGCGUGAAGGACUACUGCUUUGCCAGGGAGGACCGCACCGUGGGCAUGGCGGUGCUGCAGGUGAAGGACAUCGCCAACAAAGCCAGCGUCACCUGCUGGCUGCCGCUGGGCCGGCGGGUCCACAUGGACGAGACGGGCCUGACGGUGCUGCGCAUCCUCUCCCAGCGCAACAACGACGACGUGGCCAAAGAGUUCGUCAAGCUCAAGUCCGACCAGCGCUCUGCGGAAGAGGGCCGCAGCUGAGCGAGCGGCCGGCGAGCACAUUUUAACAGCAGGCAGACGCGGCGUGACCACGCUUCAUCCACGACCACGUGCAGUAUACAAGCACACAUGUAACAUACCCUACUGUACAUUUGACUGCAGACAUUAUGCAACAUUUACAUUGCAAUGUUAUCAAUGCAAACAUAGGGCAGAUAUAUUUAUUUUAUUUAUAAAAGAUUUGAGUUCACUUUAGUUCUGCCCCCCCCUCAUUCCUGACUCACUGCUCUGAUAAAGGCAGCUCACCGGUGGCGUGACGGAGCGCGGGUCACCAGGUGAGCCGUCUGACAACGACCACUUUGCACUUUUGCCUCUUUGGUCUGCAUGGGAGCAGUCCUGGCCUAGCUCUAUCUGUUAGUCUGUCAGUCCCCCCCCCCAUCCCUGCUGUUUGCUCCUCCAGCUCUUCUCAUGGCGUGUACCACAAACUCUAAAUCUACUUCCUGUCGGUCAGAAGAUCCAAAAGAAUCCCUGGACCUGUGCUGUCCCGUUCUCCCACGUCCUGCAUGUCGACCCCCCAGGAACACUGUGAUUCCCUUUGCUGUAACCAUAGUAACCGUUCCAACCCACACAAAGGACGGGCGCCUUUUAAUGUUCAAUCCGUGUGAGGGGCGGUUACACAACGUGGUGACGGUGAGGCUUUCUGACGGCGGAUCACGUCUGAGUGCGACGCUUUCAUGGAGGAAAGACAUUGAAUCACACGGAGCAAUAUCCCCACCACCAACACCACCACCACCACCACCACCACUCUCUCACACCCCGCACAGUGAUUUGAAAAAAGGGCUACCGGGAUCAGCAGGCUGGGAUGUCCCCUCGCGCACUAACACGCCGCUUUUGUUGGCGGCUCCGCCCGCCCUGCCAUAGGAAUCGCACCACAGACCCAGAAAGUGAGGACUCUUGACCAUCAGCUCACUGUAACAGCCUCCAGUCGCCUGCACAUGUAUAUAAACCCAUCUAUGAAGGCAAUAGCGGUUUGUUUGUGUUCACUGUAAACAAACCCUCUCAACACUGCUGUGUCUUUUUGUCAAUGUGUACAUGCAUGUGUGUGAACGUGCGUACUGAUCUUUACACAAAAUCAAUGUGCUCUUAGAUCGUGAGCAAUACCUACACACCCCCAAACCCAUGCGCUGGUCGUAUAACACCACAGGAGCAACAAGCGCCACCUCCAGACCCAGGGAGCGGGAAACUUCUCAUCAUAUCCACGUCAUUCCGGGACUCAUAGAUUCCCAUUCCUGUUGGAAGUGUGUGUUUGUUUCCUCACGUCUUUUGGAUGAGAGAAGAAAGAGAUAUUUGCCUUCAGUAGGACCAAAUGUGAAAGAACCAGAGUUCAUGUUUGUGUUUUUCAAAGAACGAAGCCAUCAGAGUCACCGCCAAGCAUUUUGUUUUUGGAGACUGAUAAAGAGGUUUAUCAAUCCUGCAGACAGAGGAGCAGACUCGCCAUAAACGCUGCUCGUCUGGAGGAAGUCAGCGACUUUGACUGUGCACUGCAGCUACCCUGCAUCGGCCUAUUACUUGUCUUUACUUAGCGCUGCUGAAACGACCAAAAAGAAAUCUCUGAAUGUUUGUUUUUCUUUCUCAGCAGAGCCGUCUGUCUCAUCUGAAGGAACGCCUUGACCGACUUCUGCCUUUGAUUUAGACCCCCUUCAUUUACAAAGUCCAACAUGUUGAUCCAAAUUCUUGAUUUUUUUUUUUUUGUCUGAAUCUUUGGUCAAAUCGAAAGGGGAGCUCCACUGAUUUUGAACCACUAAAGUGUGUUUUUGAACAGGACAAACCUUCACUCAGGUUUAUGUUGGUUAUUAGAUUCUAUAGUGAAGCUGAAUGGUCAGAGCUGUCGUCCCUGCUCGCUGCUAUCGACCCCUUCCCACAAAGACCAGCAUCAAACACCAUCUGAGCAAUAUCGAAGAACACACGGUCUCUUUAGUUUCUGCUGCAUCCGUUUUGGAAACUUUAUUGAAACAAAUCCAAGAGACGGACAAAGUUACAGAAGUGAUGAGAAAUCAGUGGCGCGCUCCUUUUACAGUCUGUUUCCAUGUGUUGUGCCACAUCAGGACAAGACGUUACAAGUCAGGAUGUGGCUGAAAAAGCAACAAGAGAGUAAACGGAUCGUCUAGUUUUGGGCUCCAUAGCUGCCUGCUUCACAUGUGUGAGAACACACGCUGACACACACACACACAAACCGAUAACACGUUUCUGCUCAAGCACAAGAAGAAGACGACACACAUGCAUGCAUCCAUGCAUGCCGACACAACUCUGUGGAGACCAAUGAUGCCCACCCUGUGAAUAGAAUCAACUACAAUUGCAUGAUGGGAAACUUAAUUGUGCCAGCACGUUGUAUCGUUGAUGUUACCUUCUUAUUUGACCUGUUUUUACGUUCCAGAUGUACGUACCGACGACGCACCAGUGUUUUUGUUUUUCCAAAAAAAAUGUGUAACAAUCUGAAUGUAGUGUGAACACAGAACUCGCAUGAGAGAAAUUUUUUCUACUGAGGAAGUUUGUAAUUUGUUUCUUAGCAUUAUUGUUCUUUCAUGAGGAUGGAUUAGAGCUGGAAUGCAGCCCGAUUGUGAUCUGCUUCCUAUUAAAAAAAACAAAAAAAAUUGUGUCCCAACCUA